GUCUGUUUCAUUCGUGUUCAGAAAUCUACAAAAGUCGAAGAUCAAAAGAGAAUGGAGCUUAUCAACUUCUAGUGGAUCAUGGGAAGUUGAACGUUUACUGUCACAUGACUAACCUGGACGGCUGCGGGGACGGUGGAUGGACGAUGGUAAUGAAAAUGGACGGCAACAAGUCAACCUUCCACUUUGAUUCGCAACUCUGGAGUAACAUGAGUGACUUUAAUCCUCAAGGAGGGGAGACAGGGUUUGACUUUCAAGAGACCAAGCUGCCCACCUACUGGAACACAUCCUUCUCCGAGAUCUGUCUAGGGAUGAAGAUUGGUAAUCUGUCCAAGUUCAUUCUCGUCAAAAAGCAAGCCAGCUCUUUGUACUCACUGAUCGCUGACGGACAUUAUCGUGACACGUCACUGGGUCCUAAAACGUGGAAGUUGCUGAUUGGCUCCGAGGCAUCCUUGCAAUCAAAUUGUAACAAGGAAGGGUUCAAUCCCACUUCGAGGUGGGAAAAAAAUGCCAAAGCUAGAAUCGGUAUCAUUGCCAACGACGAGAAACAUUGCAAAUCAUGUGAUUCCAGAAUUGGCUUCGGCACAGGUGGGCAUGGAGACGACUCCAACACGUGUGGGAACGAAGCAAAGCACCAUUCAGAUAAUGGAGACAAACACAUCAAAGCCAUGGGGUACAUCUUGGUUCAAUGACAAAGAAAUCGAUCUAAACCUCAAGAAAUGAACAUGAAGCCAGCCCUUAAGGACCUGCAUAUAAGUAGAUGUAGCAAAAGAGGUCUGAAGAAGAAAUUAGACACCGACUCAGAACUUAUCUUGUUUCGUCUUGAUAGGAUUUCUACCCCCCUCCCCCCCCCAAAAAAGUGCAA